AUGUCUUUACUUAAGACACAAGUGAGAGCUUCAGUAUUAAAGUUUUCUAAAAGGUAUCAACAAGUCCAAGCAAAAGUUCAUCAUGCUCCUCCUAUUAUACCUGCAGGCCCAGUAUUUCAUAAUCCCAAGCACUUUCCAGACCGAAUAGCCAUUAGGGAUAGAAUAGCUAAAUAUACAUAUGCCAAUAUUUUUAUGAGCGCUAAUGAAUUAUCCAAAGAUAUUACAAAAUUUUGUAAUGGGCGUACAAAUGAAAGAGUGAUGUUCAUGUGUUCCAAUGAUGUUAAUUAUGUGAUAUCAUUAUGGGCAAUUUGGUUAUCUGGACAAAUUGCUGUUCCUUUGAGCUCACUUCACCCCAAGAAUGUUCUUAUGUACUACGCUAACGACUGUAAUUCGAAACUUUUAAUAUCCGCACCAGAGUAUGCAGAAUUAAUGAACGGCGUGUCUGUCAAUACAAGCAGUACUUUGCACGUUCUUGAUGACAAAUUAAAUCUAAAUUGUGCACAGAAGACAUUUGCCUCGCAAAGUGAUUUAGAAGGAGCGUUACCUUUGAGUUUUUAUGAUGGGAGUAAUGCUCUUAUUUUGUAUACCAGUGGAACCACAGGAGCUCCUAAAGGUGUUGUGAUAUCUCACAAAAAUCUUCAAUCACAAAUAACCACUCUUGUCGACGCGUGGAAAUGGUCUCCAAAUGAUGUCCUUCUUCACACUCUUCCUCUUCACCAUGUCCACGGUAUUGUUAACGCACUUUUGUGUCCAUUGUAUAUCGGAGCAAAGACGAUCAUGUUAAAAAAAUUUAACGCAAAUACUGUAUGGUCUUUCUUGUUGGGAAUCACUGCUCAACCAGAUGAUAGGAAGACAAAUGUUUACAUGGGAGUUCCAACUAUAUAUUACAAACUUGUCGAUGAAUAUCAUAAGGUGUUUAAAGAUGAUCCAAAGAUGGUUGAACACAUUAAAAAUACCCUAAAGAAUAAAGUAAGAUUGAUGAUUAGCGGGUCAGCUCCUAUGCCGAUGACGCUACAUGAAAAGUGGUUAGAGAUAUCUGGACAUUCGUUGUUACAUAGGUAUGGAAUGACAGAAUGUGGAAUGGUGUUAUCUCACCAAUACGAUUCUGAAAGAAUACCAGGAACUGUGGGUGUGCCCCUACCAGGUGUAUCAAUAAGAAUUAAUGAAGAGACCGAAAAAAAUGAAAAUCCAAAAAUAAUUUUGGAAUGUACCAACUUGGAUGGAGAAGUAAUAUUUAACAAGAAAAAUUCCAGUGAAGAACAUCUUAAAGGUGAACUUUUGGUAAAAGGAGAGGGUGUUUUUAAAGAAUAUUACAAUAGACCAGAUGCUACCCACAAAGAAUUUACCGACGAUGGAUGGUUCAAAACUGGUGACAUUUGUGAGUAUUCAAAAGAAAUGAAACAAUUCAAAAUACUCGGCAGAAAAAGUGUAGAUAUAAUAAAGUCCGGAGGUUAUAAACUCAGCGCUUUAGAAAUUGAGACGAAGCUUCUGUUACAUCCAGAUAUUAAGGAGUGUGCAGUAUUAGGUGUAAAUGAUGAAAAAUGGGGUCAAAGAGUCGCCGUCAUUAUGGUUACACAAUCAGAAAAAGAAUUGACUGUGGAUGAAAUCAGAGAAUGGGCAAAAGAUAAAAUGCCAAAUUAUUGGGUUCCGAGUGUUCUUAAAAUUGUUAAAGAAAUACCAAAAAAUGCAAUGGGUAAAGUUAAUAAAAAAGAACUAGUUAAAGCGAUGGUAUGA